AGUAACACAAUCUCAUCAACAGCCCUUAUUGAUACUGGUACUUCCGGAUUUGCCUUUAUCGAUUCAGAAUUUGCGAGCCGCAAUAACUUUCCUCUCAUUCCUCCUCGUAUACCACGGCAUUUAGAUGUUAUUGAUGGCUGCCCUAUCGCCUCUGGUUUAGUUACACAUACUACCAAACUUGAUCUCGUGAUUGAUGGUCAUCAUGAAAAGGCCUUUUUCUUUGUUACCAAGUUAGGCCAAUAUCCCCUUGUGCUGGGACUUCCUUGGAUGCGGCGGCAUGAUGUUGUUAUUCAUUUUGGAGAAAAUAAGUUGGAGUUUAAGUCUCCCUUUUGCCGUGCUAUGUGC